AUAGUUAAUCGCUGCUGAAACGUGCGUGUUGAUGGUCAUGUCCAUUUAGAUAUCUAGCUUGCAAAAGACAAAAUACAAAUGCUCGUGAAAAGUUUCCAAGUCGUCCAUUACAGGAUAAUAUCGUAGCAUUAUCCAUAUGAAUAGACUAGGACAGAUUGCCAGUAGUCCUCAUCAUGAUUGAUAAUAGUAAGUGGAAUGUGGUUGCUGACAUUAUUUUCAGCCAAAAAAGCCUGCACGGUGACGAGGAGAUACACUGUCUCUGUUCCAGAGCUUUUGUUCAGGAUCGUGAGCUGUACAGAUCUGACAACAGAUACCUCAUCUCCGGCCUGACGGAUGGAGGGCAGCGUGGUAAUAAGUUCUCGGAGUUGGAGGAGGAGCUGCCAGGUGAGGAGGAAGAGGAGGAUUGCGAAGAGGAGGCCGAGUCUGAAGAUGAAGAAACCAAGUUAAUGGCCAGUAUGGGUCUGCCUGUGGCAUUCAUCAGUUCCUCAGCAGAAAGUAAAGUGAGAAAUAAGUCCAAAAGGAGAGUAGCCAAUCACUGGCAGGCACCCCCUGCGGAGGAAGAGGAGGAAACUGAUGAAGGUGACCCAGUGCUCCAGAUAAACGACUUCAGCAUCGGGAGCACAGAGGUGUUGGAGCCCAGAAAGGAGGGGGAGACACAGAGAGGCGAAGAAGGCCAGGAGGAGACUCAGGACAAUGGCUGGGAGUCCUACUGGAGUGAGCAUGGGGAAGGUCUGCUGUGGCAGAGUUGGCUGGAGAAGCACCCUGACAGCGACCCUGGAGCGCUUCCCCCCUGGGACUGUCCCGACAGCCAGCCUGCCUGGGAGCAGCACGCCCAGGAGACCUUCCUGCUCUACUGGGAGCAGUUCACCUACUGGGCCUCCCAGGGAUGGAGCGCCCACAGCGACUCCACCGACCUUGGGCAGGAGGGGGAGAGCAGGGGCCCUGGAGAUGCGGGAGGUGGAUGUGAGGAUGCAGAGUCGUCCCGUGCUGCUGUAGAUGCUGAGGUUCUGAGUGGACAGAUGGGCCCGGCCGGCGCCGGGGAAGUAACGGAUCUGAUUGGUCAGAUGAGCCUGCAGUCAGAGGGAGGGAGCCGGAUUGGCGUUGGAGAACAGACAGCAGAUGAUGAUUGGCCGGUCUGUGGAGGGGGCGGGCCUUGUGAUGGUGGGGAUCGUAAGAGGGCUGCCUCCCCCUCAAAGCAGAGCACACGAUCCAGAGGUUCAGAGCAGAAAGGCCAGAGCACAUCCAGUGAGAAGGGAUCAGGCCAGAACAGACGGUCUAACGACCCCGUUGACGGCAGUGAUGGUGAGGAACCGCCAGAGAGAAGAUGGACCCAGAUCAAACGAAGCAGCCACGAGCAGGACGUGGAGGAGAGUCCACCCAUGUCUGUGGACGAGGCCUGGGACAAACUGGGCCUGAAGCGUAACCCGGAGCCCAGGUUUGAGAGUGUCCUGAAGUUCAAGCCCAGCCCCCGUGUCCCAGCAUGCUCUGGGAGGGCUAACAGGAAGCAGCGUACAGUGGGAGGAAGUGCCGCCUGCCGCAUCAACAAGCACACCUUCUUCACAGAGGACGGAGAUCAGACUCAGCCGCUUGAGAGCAGGACCGUCCUGAAGGUGCAGAACUUCCUUCAGAGAGUCAAGAGGGAGACCGAGGGAGACGCAGUUCACCGUGACUCGCCAGCAGAGGGCGCCGGCGAGACGCUGCCCCACAGAGAGAGCCGCACAUCUGCAUCUGAAGAAGAAGAAGAGGAGGAGGAGGAGGAGGAGAGUGGGGGAGGAGCCGAAAAUGAGGAAGAGGAGGCUGGACCUGUUCCUCCUCCCAGUACGGAGUUGGACACCAGUACGAAACUCCGACCUCCAGCUCCCCUGCAUGUCUUCACCAGGACGGAUGAUGACGAUGAAGAGGAGGAGGAUGAAGACGGAGGCCGGGUGCUGGUUCCCCUGGAUGUUCCGGACUUCUUGAUACCCGACCCACCCGAGAACCAAAGCCAUCCAGGAGAGAGCAGGAAGAGUAAGAAACAGAAGAAGAAGAAGGUGAAGAGGAGGGGGAGGUGUGGGGCGAUGCCGCCUGAGAUCGCUGCAGAGCCGGACCUGGCCAAGUACUGGGCCCAGCGCUACCGGCUCUUCUCCCGCUUCGACGAGGGCAUCAAGAUGGACCACGAGGGCUGGUUCUCAGUGACUCCAGAGAAGAUAGCUGAGCACAUCGCCUUGAGGGUCCAGGAAAGCUUCCACUCUGACCUCAUCAUCGAUGCCUUCUGCGGGGUCGGGGGCAACGCCAUCCAGUUUGCCCUCACAGGGAAGCGAGUGCUCGCCAUCGAUAUCGACCCUGUGCGCCUGGCUCUGGCCCGUCACAACGCCCAGAUCUACCAGGUGGCCGAGCGCAUCGACUUCCUGCAGGGGGACUUCCUGCAGCUGGCGCCACGGUUACGAGGCGACGUGGUGUUCCUCAGCCCGCCAUGGGGGGGCCCUGACUACCUCACGGCAGACGUGUUCAACAUCAAGACCAUGAUGGACCCAGACGGGUUUGACAUUUUCCAGUUGUCAAAAAUGAUAUCAGAUAAUAUAGUGUACUUCCUCCCUCGGAAUGCGGAUAUGGACCAGAUCGCUUCCCUUGCCGGACCAGGGGGCAAAGUGGAGGUGGAACAGAACUUCCUCAACAACAAGUUGAAGACCAUCACUGCCUACUUUGGCAAUCUUAUUAAAUCGGACUAACUUUGAUCUGUUUAUUGUUAGUUAAUCACUGAUUUUAGUCAUUUUUUGUGUAAUUUUAAUAUGGUGGUAUGCUUGUGGAAUGUUACUGUUAUAUUUUAUGUGUAAACUGUUUGCCCUCCAUUUAUAUUGUUUUAUUGGUUAUAUUUAUCGAAAGACAGUCCUUAUCUAUUUUUGUAAUAAAGUGCGAUGGUUCAAAGUC